CCCAACUGGCAGGGACAGCUGCGCACAGGGGCCGGACCGGCUUUGUUCCCAGGGUGGCGCCCGCUCUCCAUUCAGGCCCUGCGCCUGCUCGGGGCUGGGUGGGCGGCGGGCACCGGGGGUGGGGGUGGUGUCCCAUGAGAGCCUAGAGGCGCGGGGCCACCAGGGGUCUCUGGGAGGAUGGGGCAGGACCAGACGAAGCAGCAGAUCGAGAAGGGGCUCCAGCUGUACCAAUCUAACCGCACGGAGAAGGCGCUGCAGGUGUGGACGAAGGUGCUGGAGAAGAGUUCAGACCUCGUGGGGCGCUUCCGCGUGCUGGGCUGCCUCGUCACGGCCCACUCGGAGAUGGGCCGCUACAAGGAGAUGCUCAAGUUUGCUGUGGUCCAGAUUGACACCGCCCGGGAGCUGGAGGACGCCAACUUCCUCCUGGAGAGCUACCUGAACCUGGCGCGCAGCAACGAGAAGCUGUGUGAGUUCCACAAGACCAUCUCCUACUGCAAGACCUGCCUCGGCCUGCCCGGCACCAGGGCAGCUGCCCAGCUCGGAGGCCAGGUCAGCCUGAGCAUGGGCAACGCCUUCCUGGGCCUCAGCCUCUUCCAGAAGGCCCUGGAGAGCUUCGAGAAGGCCCUGCGCUAUGCCCACAACAACGACGACGCCAUGCUCGAGUGCCGCGUGUGCUGCAGCCUGGGCAGCUUUUACGCUCAGGUCAAGGACUACGAGAAAGCCCUGUUCUUCCCCUGCAAGGCCGCAGAGCUCGUCAACGACUAUGGCAAAGGCUGGAGCCUCAAGUACCGGGCCAUGAGCCAGUAUCACAUGGCUGUCGCUUAUCGCCUGCUGGGCCACCUGGGCAGCGCCAUGGAGUGCUGUGAGGAGUCUAUGAAGAUCGCGCUGCAGCACGGGGACCGUCCGCUGCAGGCUCUCUGCCUGCUCUGCUUUGCUGACAUCCACCGGAGCCGUGGGGACCUGCAGACGGCCUUCCCCAGGUACGACUCCGCCAUGAGCAUCAUGACCGAGAUCGGAAACCGCCUGGGGCAGGUGCAGGUGUUGCUGGGCGUGGCCAAGUGCUGGGUGGCCAGGAAGGCGCUGGACAAGGCUCUGGAUGCCAUUGAGAGAGCCCAGGACCUGGCUGAGGAGGUGGGGAACAAGCUGGGCCAGCUGAAGCUGCACUGCCUGAGCGAGGGCAUCUACCGCAGCAAAGGGCUGCAGCGGGAGCUGCGCGCCCACGUCGUGCGCUUCCACGAGUGCGUGGAGGAGACCGAGCUCUACUGCGGCCUGUGCGGCGAGUCCAUCGGCGAGCGGAACAGCCGCCUGCAGGCCCUGCCCUGCUCCCACAUCUUCCACCUCAGGUGCCUGCAGAACAACGGGACCCGAAGCUGCCCCAACUGCCGCCGCUCGUCCAUGAAGCCUGGCUUCGUGUGACCCAGCAGGUCGGGGACUUCACCUCACCUCCCCUGCCCCUUCUCUGCCCUCACGCUGGAGGGCCCCGACUGGCUGAGCCUCUGCCAUGCCUGUUUACUUCUGGGGAAGUCGCAGGGGGCGCCCCCUGCGACCUGCCCACCGCGGCUCCGCCUGGCCCAGCGGCCUGCCCUCCCCCGCCUCUCUGGACUUUGCUCUUUCUAGAAAAAUAAAACCGUUGGUACCUGGUCCCAGUGAUUCGGCCUUUCCCCGCCCAUGGUCUGCCCAAGGCUGGGGGAGAGCAGCGGGCUUCCUCAGACACCCCUGUCUCUCUGCACACAGGACGAGUGCCUCCACCGCCCUCCCGGCUUCUUGGGCUGCAGCGGGAGCCGAGGCAAGACCCUGCUGGCGAGCAGCACCUGUGAGAGCUGACGCGCAGGGGUGGGCGAGAGGACGCAGCACAAACACAGCAAACCAGCCACACAUAAGUCCGUCAGAGGACUCCCCCGGUGGCCCAGUGGGCGAGAAUCUGCCUGCCAACGCAGGGGACACGGGUUCGAUUCCUGGUCCAGGGAGAUUCCACAUGCCACAGGGCGACUAGGUCCAUGCAUCACAACUGCUGAGCCUGCGUGCUACAGCGGGAGAGUACAGAGAGCAGUCCCCACUUGCUGCAACUAGAGAAAGCCUGCACGCAGCAGUGAAGACCCAGG